AUGUCAAGAGACAAAGAAAAGGAAUGCGAUAGCCCCUCGAUCAAACAACAUCAUCAACAAUAUGAAAUAGUAGGAGACAUAAGUCGUAUAUAUGAUGAUUCAACGGAUCCUAUGGUUCAGGGACAAAAAGAACCACACUCAUCUUCGUCAACUGAGUCCACAAUUGGGAUUAUUACAGCUAUAGGCCGUUCUUUGACAUAUAGAUUAACUUCAUUCUAUCUAAAAACACCGAUCAAAUUAUUUCGACCACCAAGGUUUGAUAUAUACCAUUAUGUGAGAGAGGAAAUGAACAAUAACAGGAUUAACAAAAAGAAAAAAUUUUAUCACAGAUCAUCAUUGUAUAUUCUUAAGCAAGCACUACACAAAUAUGGCUGGAAAAUUAUACCAAAGAUUAUUGUUCCUCCAAUCUUUGUUAAUUCUUUGACAGGUGUUGUGCUAUAUUCGACAUAUAUCCAUGCAAUUCCAAACAAACCUGCUGAGGAUAUUACGUGGUUCGAGUAUUUCAAGACUGGUUGUGUUGCAGGUAUAGCACAAACUAUAGUGGCGACGCCUAUUGAUGCCAUAUAUGUUCGAGCACGCACAGAUGCACUUUUAUCACCUGGUUAUAUCAGUGAUAAAAGUAAUGGAAUAGCUAAUCUGUGGAUAUAUGGUUGGAACAAAUGGAAACAAAUCGGUAUCGUUGGAUGUUAUGCGGGGUUUAAUCUGACAGUGAUAAAGGAAAUGUUAGGAUUUGGCUGUUAUUUUAGUAUAUUUGAAAAGAUGAAAUUACAAUUGUCAAAUGAGGUUAAUCAUAAUUUGGGAGAUGAUACUGAACAGACAAGAAAUAAUAAAUGGAAACAGAGUUUUGUUACAUUUAUAUCAGGGAUUACAGCUGCAUUUACGUUACAAUGUAUUCAAUUUCCUAUAAGUAAAAUACAAAAGAUACAUUUUCAACGGCUAGAGAUUUUAGAUUUAUUGGCUUUACCCGAAACCGUUUCAGCUUCAACCCAAAAUGCAUAUAGUCAAUUAUUGAGUGUGUCUCACAUCUACUGGCACUCAUAUGUGAAUACACUACGGUAUAUUAAAAGAAAAUAUGGUUCGAAAAAUGUGUCACAACUCAUAUUAUGGCUAUAUAAAGGAUUUACCAGAAACACAAUGGCCAUAAUACCAAGUACCACUACAGGGUUAAUAGUUUUAGAUUAUGUGAAAAGAAAAUUGGAACCAAUAUGA